AUGUUGAGGUCGAGGGUCGGUGUGGCUGUCAUGGCCUCCAAACUCUAUGCCAUUGGAGGCUAUAAUGGAAGCGAAAGACUGAGUACUGUUGAAGUGUUUGAUCCCAAGAACAGGAGUUGGACUAAAGUGGCGCCAAUGAACUGCAAGCGAAGUGCUGUGGGUGCGGCCACUCUUCACAAUAUGCUAUACGUUUGCGGCGGUUAUGACGGCGUGUCGUCGCUCAGUACAGUCGAGUGCUAUUCGCUGGACCGCAACGAGUGGGCAAUGGUUACCUCAAUGUCCAGACACCGAUCGGCUGCCGGUGUGGUGGCCUUUGAGGGCCAGAUCUACGCUCUGGGAGGACACGACGGCCUCUCUAUAUUCGAUUCGGUCGAGCGAUUAGACCCGCAAACCGGCAAAUGGACUUUUAUGGCACCCAUGCGUACAAAGAGGUGCCGUUUAGGUGUGGCCACACUUAAGGGCAAAAUCUAUGUCUGCGGCGGUUAUGACGGAUCGACUUUCUUGCAAACGGCUGAAGUAUAUGAUCCUAAGACAGAGGAAUGGAGUUUCAUAGCACCAAUGAAUGUAAUGCGAAGUCGUGUGGCAUUAGUGGCCAACUGUGGCCUUCUGUACGCCAUUGGGGGCUAUGACGGCGUUUCAAAUCUAAGUACUGUUGAAGUCUAUAAUGUGGAGAAAAAUUGUUGGGAUUUCACCACAUCUAUGGCCGCUCACGAGGGAGGCGUCGGAGUCGGAGUUAUUCCCAUUUAUUGAUAAAACGUUUACCUAUAAAUAUUUAAAUGUAUUUAAAGUGAAUAUCAUCUCAAAUAUGAUUUCAUACACUAUUAGCG